AUGGCUUCAUCUUUGCAGGAGCUUCUUGCAAAGGAAGGGUUCAAAGGAAGCAGCAAAAGAGUGCUAAAGUCAAGAUCUUCUUUCCACCAUGGUGCUUCAAGUGAUCCACUUCAUUCCUUGGAAGAAAGACUCUGCGUAUCAUCGAGCGAACGAAUCAAAACACAGAAAACAAAGUCGAAAACAGCCUCAAGGUAUCAAAUCAACAAUACAAAUGAUAGUAACAACACAAGAACAAGGGACAAUAAUAAUAAUGUUUUAAAAGGAAACAAGAUGGUUCACGAACGGUUGAAGAACGAUGAAACUGAGAAGAACGAGUCUCACGAUUCAUCAGAGAGUGAUAGUGGAUUCAAAGAUGUUUAUUCAAAUCAAGUGUCUAAUGCGAGAAGACGCAAAGACAAGAAGGAAAAAGUCGUCGAAAAGCCAUUGAAGAGUUCAUAUAUGUUGAGACAAUCAAGUGGAAAUAGAAAGAUCUAUGAAAAUAACAAUCAAGCUACGAAUUCACAAGAUCCUUCUAAUCUUGCUAUAGAUGAAAUUGCUGUGAAAGCACUAGUUUCAAUUCUGAAUGGAUACAUAGAAAGUUUUCUAAAGGACGAAGAUUUUCGGUCCGCGUUACGCCACAAUUGUUUCUCCUCCUUGAACUUCAUUCAUCUAGAUAAAGAAGAAAACAACUCCGAGACCAAAGUGAUUACGAGUCUCGAGCAAGCUAUUGAGUGCGUAGAGAAAACGGCUGAAAAAGACGAAUCCAUAUCUGCAAUACAUUUGAAAAGAGCAACAAUGCAGCUUAGUAUUAUCACAGGUUUGAGUUUGAAUGAUCUCAAAUACGAUCUUACGUGCGGGAUUGCGAAUUUCAAGUUAUCAGCCUGUGCUCAUCUUUACCUCAGUAUGGUAUAUUUGAUGCAAAGAAAAAAGAAAGUUUCUGCGAAACAUCUUUUGCAGGUCUUUUGCGAUUCGCCUUUUCAGGCGCGGACGAUAUUGCUGCCUGAACUUUGGGAGCAUAUAUUUUCGCCGCAUCUUUCACAUUUGAAGAAAUGGUAUAUUAGUAAAGAAGGUGAAAUUGUUGCAGAUACACAAACCAAAGCGCGAAAGCUAAAGAUUCUUCAAAAAGUUUAUAGCGAAAAUUUGGAUUCAGGAACUCGAGUUUUCGCUUUAUAUUACAAAGAUUGGCUCGGUGAAGGAGUCGAAACUCCAACUCUUCCUUGCAUUGGAAUUCCAUCAUUAUCCGUUACGAGUAGACAGGCAAGUUCGUUCGGUCAUUCUUUUGAGUCUGGUAGCUCCAACGAACCAUUCUCGCCACAGGCGAUGGUAAGCAAGAAACUAUAUGAUUCGUUCUUUGGCGGAUAUAGGAAACCUGAAGUUUAUGAAGUUGAAGAAGAUGAUAAGGAUGAAGAUAGUUUUGAAAAUUGUGAGAGAGGGUCUUAUGGCUCAACCGUUGUUAAGAAAACGUUGAUAUACGAAUCCGAAACUGUUAAGUUUAUUGAUCAAAGUAGUGAAGAUUUCACUCCAAGUGUUCAAAUUCAUGAAUUCAGAAAGAUGCAGCCGAAUAAGAUAAGCUCUAAUCUUGAAGGAUCGUAUUUUCCAAGCAUUCCGUCGGAAUUUAUUUGUCCUUUGACACGAAAGAUCUUCGAGGAACCCGUCACGUUAGAAUCAGGCCAAACCUUUGAAAGAAAAGCCAUCAAGGCAUGGUUUGAAAAGGGAAACCGAACUUGUCCGGUAACAGGAAAUACUUUAGAAUGCGUGUUCAUGCCGUUUACCAACCUUAUUUUGAAGCGUUUGAUCGAUAACUGGAAGACAGAAGAUUUCGGCCGUCUUCUUGAUUUCGCCUCUCAAAAAGUCGAAAACUCAGAAGAACUUGAGUUGAAAAAGCGCGACGAGACUAUUGUUUUCAAGUUACAAAGUCUUUUCGCUUCCUUGAAUGAAGAGGAAAAAUCAACUUAUGCUAAGCAUAUAAUCUCUUUAGGAGUUUUUUCAUUUCUUUUUAAGAGGUUUGAAUUUGGAAACAUCGAAGAAAAAUCGCAUGUGCUGGAGAUUUUGUUAAACUGUAUUCAAGCAGAUUCUAGUUGCAUAUAUAAGAUCGCAAGAAGCGUCGACAGAAAAAUUCUUCUCGAGCUUCUUCAUAGCAAGAUGGUUACUCCAACAACAAAUGCAAUGUUUUUCCUUACCGAACUUUUGUCGAUGAAGAGGAGAAAAGAUGUUACUUCUUUUCUAAGUGGCUUGGUGGGUGAAGAUGUAUAUAGUACAAUGCAUAUUGUGCUCAUGUAUCUCAAAAAUUGUUCUCCAAUUGAAAAGCCUCUCAUUGCGGUUCUCUUAUUACACUUUGAUUUACUGGUUGAGCCUCAAAAGUUAGGCAUAUACAUCGAGACAGCUGUGAAUGCCAUUGCCGAGGCACUUGAUGCUAGCUUAAAUGACGAGAAGAUCCAACACAAGUGUUGCAAAGCUCUUUUAAUCUUGUGUGGCCAUUUUUCUUCGAACGGAAAGAUAAUAACCGAUACAACCGUCUUAAAGCAAGCUGGUUAUAAAAAUGGUAGCUCGGAAUUGAAAUCUCCUAGCUAUGAUGAAGAGGAUCAACAGUUAGAUGCAACCAUUUCAUCGGAAGAUGAGGAAGAAGAAAGGAACGAAGAAUUCAUGAUAAACUUGUUAGAAUCAUUGAUUGGUGAUGGAGAAAGUCCAUUUUUAAAAACCAUAUCUAGAUGUUUAGAAUCUAGACAUGUAGAUUUGGUGAGGACUUCUCUAAUAACUAUCACAUGGUUGAGUUCCUCACUUUCUAAACAAUAUAACGCCGGAUUGCAUCUUCCCGCGUUCUUAGCCGUAAUCUCUCAACUGAAAGAAAUCCUUCAAAACAGCGAGCUCGAGCUCAAAACUCUCGCAUCUAUGUCAUUGUUUAACUUCAGUAAAAUAUCAGAAUGCCGAACGCUUUUGAAGAUUAUGGCACAAGAUAUUGCGCCGAUUCUUCAUGGACUAGUUGAUGUAAUAUGGACCGCGAAGAAACUGCAUGCCAUUUUGAUGUAA